AUGCCUCUUUUACUCCAUAGACGUCGCAUCGAUGAAAUAGUCGCUGUCAACUACAUCGACUCGAUAAUUGCGACCCGAUCUGGCCAGGGUAACAGCACAAUGACGAGAAAGGCAUAUCCCACUAGGAGGCUGGCGGUUCCUCAGCCUCAGCCAUGGCGUGACUUCCUCCCCUCCCCUCCCCUCUCCGCCGCAAGACAGACAAACAUCGUCUUUACACAGCCCCUUCUGGUCCGUCUUCUGGAAGACCCAAAAUUUCCCUUGUCAUCCAUCUGCGGGUUCGUUCUCCAUAGUCCUCUCAAGCCCAAUCUGACCCCGCCCCUUACAGCAAAACCUCGUAUUCGAACGCCAUGCCCACGAUCUCAAUCGUGGUACCUAAGAAGGGCUGAGACUGUUGAGGUCUCCCAGGAUGCCCCAUACGUGUACUCCAUCGCUCACGAGGUCACCCAUCAAGCCCAGAACCAUAAUUAUGACCAGUCUCUCAUCGCAGCCUCAUUGUCUUUCAAGUUGCACUUCUUCUUCUUCUUCUUCUCCCCGUCCCCCCACAUCCACAUUUUGGUUGCUGUCCCGUCCGUCAGCACUAAUACCACAUCUAUUGAUGCAAGCGCUGCACCUCCCGGCCCCCAACGCAACCUUCACCUGCCACCCCGAUCUUUUGUCUUGCCCCGAGUAUCCACACGGGGAUCCGGCCGGUUGCCUCUUCCCACGUCCAGCGAUUGCAGGGCUCAUGAUGAGAUCUACAUGGAUUUACCACACAUUUGCAGCAUGCAAUUGAUAAGAGAACACCGGGCCAUGCUCGGUGAUAGCUGCUGCUAA